AUGUACGUGCCGCCUGCCAUCCGAGUGACUCUCGGGUGCGCGGAGGGUGGCCGCCUUGCGAGAUUCGCAAGGGUCACCGACCCGAGGCAUGGACGGCGCAUCGAGGCGGUCGCACGAGAGUGCGAAGGGCACACGGGAAUCCCUACAACAAAGGCCGCCAGGCGGCAGUUGCACGAGCUGCUGGAUCUAGGGGUGACGGACACAGUCGCUUUCAUAAAGGAGAUCGCCGCUCCGUUAACUGAAGCCAUGGACAAUCGAGAAUGUCUUGCUCGCAACGCUGCCGCACUGGCGCACACGAAAUCGCCAUGCACUCCCAACAAGUUGCGAUCAAAGGAUGUCAGAGUGCUAAAGUACCGUAUACGUAGCCUCAUACACCUCUUGUCGCCUCAGGAUACCGCCAUGCUGGCGUGCGCCCUGGCGCAUCUCGACAGCCGCCUCGGAAUUAUGGCGAGGCCGCUCAUCAAACAUUAUAUACGGGCGUUGGAGGAGGACACUGCACACUCAAUCAACCCUGGUGACACCGUGGUAUCGCUUGCGCUGAUGCUCACUAGCCUUGAGAUGUUCGUCAGGACGCAUUCGCAGCAGCUGAAACAGGUGGCCGACGGAGGUCAUUCGGAACGCGAAAACGACGCCGAACGGGCGGCCAAUGAUGACACCAGUGGUGACGUAGUGACCGAAGCAGGCAACUAUGCAUGCAAUGUUCCUGUACGCGAGAGCAUCGGUGAGCCACUCCCCGGCGAGGCCGAGGUCCCCCUGACAGUCCACGACAAAUUCCACUACGGCGCUAUCAUGACGACAAUGUUGGCCGACUGUCUGAAGGCCGACGAGGUGAACGAUGUAGAGCUCAUGCUUUUGCUUGCGCAGUGCAUGGGCAACAUCAGCGUCCCCGCCGCCUUGCCUUCUGAGCUCGUGGUUCAGAAGGUGGACUUGCGGGACCUGGAUGACAACCAGCUGUGCAAAUUCACUCAUGCAUGCGCGUCAAUCAUGACAUUACACCAUGUGAAUCUGGAUGGCGUCAUAGAGGUAGGGGCCUAG